AUGGGAAAAUCUUCAAAGGAUAAGCGCGAUGCUUACUACCGUCUUGCCAAGGAGCAGGGUUGGCGUGCACGCAGCGCCUUUAAGCUGCUGCAGCUGGAUGAAGAGUUUGACCUGUUUGCCAACGUGACGAGAGUCGUGGACCUCUGUGCCGCCCCUGGAAGUUGGUCUCAAGUCUUGUCUCGUGUCCUGAUCAAAGGAGAGAAGUUCGGACGUUCAGCAUGGCAAGAUCGCGAGGCCAAGUUCCGCCAGGAGAUGCUCGGCGUCUUCCCCGCUGCCCCUGAGUCUGAGGCGUCCGUGAAGUCCGAGGAGUCCCAAGACCCCCAACCUCGCAAGGAUGUCAAGAUCGUCUCCAUCGACUUGCAGCCCAUCAGCCCUCUCCCGGGCAUCAUCACCCUGCGUGCCGACAUCACCCACCCCGCCACCGUCCCCUUGUUACUCAAGGCUCUUGAUUCCGACUACGACGCCAACUCCAGGAGCAAGCAAGCGACCAGUCCCGUCGAUCUGGUCAUUAGCGACGGUGCCCCCGACGUCACCGGUCUCCACGAUCUCGACAUCUACGUCCAAUCUCAGCUGCUUUUCGCCGCUCUCAACCUUGCUCUCUGCGUGCUGAAGCCCGGUGGCAAGUUCGUCGCCAAGAUCUUCCGCGGCCGCAACGUCGACCUUCUCUACGCUCAGCUCAAGAUCUUCUUCGAGACCGUCAUCGUCGCCAAGCCGAGGUCCUCCCGCGCGAGCAGUGUCGAAGCCUUCAUCGUCUGCAUCAACUUCCAGCCCCCCGCCGGAUUCCAGGCCAGCCUGGAGAACCCGCUCGGCGUCGGACACAAGCUGCCCGAGAUGGUCGAGGAGAGGAGAGCCCAGUUGCCAGUCGUCGCUGAAGCGCUCAUGCAGAACCCUGCCACCGGCACUUGGGACACCGCUCCUACCGCAUCCACCCACGGUGCUGACGGGGUAGUCGAGGUCGAGGCCUAUGACGAGACAGACGAGACAACCGACCACGAGAAGCACAUCAGGUGGAUCGCACCUUUCAUCGCGUGCGGUGACCUUUCUGCAUUCGACUCAGAUGCUUCCUACCGACUGCCUGAAGACCACGUAUCUCUCGACCCCGUCCAGCCGCCAACAGCACCCCCCUACAAGCGCGCCAUCGAGCUCCGAAAGGCUGCAGGCGGGGCGUAUGGCAAGACCUCCGUCAAGGUAUAA